AUGUUGUCAGUGGCUGCUCUAGCAGCAUUCCUCUAUCUUCUUUACACUUUGAUUUCCACUCUCCGGGUUCUUUACUUCCAUUCUCUCAGUCACAUCCCCGGCCCGACACUGUGGAUCGCGUUUCCAAUAUUUCGACACCUCUCGUUGAUUCGAGGGAGGCAAGAUAUCGAGCUUCGAGCUCUCCACCAGAAAUAUGGCGAGGUCGUUCGAUUUGCCCCCGAUGAGGUCUCCUUCAUCACCGCCCAAGCCUGGCGGGACAUUUACGGCCACGGCCACAAGCAACUGCCCAAGUUCAAACACUCGGCCGCAAACCCUCUAGAUAUCAUUAACUCCAACGAUGUUGACCACUCUCGAUACCGCAAAGCUAUGUCUCACGCCUUUUCCGCGAAAGGACUUCAAGCGCAAGAGCCGAUUCUGAAAAGAUACGUCGAUAAACUUGUCACGAGAUUGGAGCACGAGGCAAAGUCUCGCUUGCCGGUAGAUAUGGUUAAGUGGUAUAAUCUUACCACAUUCGAUCUCAUUGGCGAUCUUGCCUUUGGCGAGUCUUUCGGCGGGCUUGAGAACUCACAAUAUCACUUCUGGGUCUCGACAAUUUUCGAAUCCGUACGCGCAAUACAGUUUGCCAAAGUCAAGGACGUCUAUCCUAUGUUCUUCCAAUUAAUCAAACCUUUUAUGCGCAGUGGUUUGGCAAACGCACGUCAGCGGCAGCAGGACUACAGCAAAGCAGUGGUGCAAACGAGGCUUGCGAACCCUGAGCCCUCCGACCUUGUAGACUUCAUGGAUUCCAUGCUCCGACAUCGCGGGGAGAAAGAUGGGCUAAGUGAUGAAGAGUUAGUAGCAAAUUCCAGCAUUCUUGUUAUUGCUGGCAGCGAAACUACCGCCACUUUGUUAUCGGGUGUGACCUUCUUACUUCUGAAGAACCCGGUGGCGAUGAAAAAGUUGACGGAUGAAGUGCGAACGGCCAUGCAAUCUGAAGAGGAUAUCACUUUUGCAAACGCGACUGCAAACCUCCCGUACAUGUUAGCCUGUCUUGAAGAGGCCCUUCGAAGGUAUCCACCGGUUGGUACCGGAUUGCAACGAGUUACCACUUCGACCACAAUUAUUUCGGGCUAUGAGGUCCCUCCAAACACCAGGGUAGCGGUUCAUCAAUUCGCGGCGUAUCAUUCUCCUCUCAAUUUUCACAAGCCCGAGUGCUAUAUCCCAGAGCGCUGGCUCCCAGAAGCGAAAAACGAUCCGCAAUCGCCCUUCUUCAACGAUAACCGUGACGUUUUGCAGCCAUUCUCUGUCGGACCACGUAACUGCAUCGGCCGAAAUCUAGCCUAUAACGAGAUGCGUGUCAUCCUGGCUCGGAUCAUCUGGAGAUUCGACCUCGAAUUAUGUCCUGAAUCUCAGGCGUGGGACGAUCAGAAAUCGUACAUCCUGUGGGAAAAGCCCGAGCUGAUGUGCAAGUUGACACCGAGGGAAUAUUGA